GAAGAGUAGAAGUAGGAGGAGGAAGAAGACUUCGAAGACGAGGACGAGGACGAGGACGAGGACGAGGAGGACGAGUAGGCGGGCGGCACCGCGACAGACAUGGAUCGCUUGCCGCGGCAGCCUAAGCAGUUCAGGGGCACGCUGCCGACGCUGCCCCUGCUCCGUGUCGACGACAUACUGAAGAUGUUUGGAGCGUACGGCCGCUUCCAGGUCAGCGUCGUACUGCUCCUCAACCUCGUCAACCUCUUCUGGGCGAGUCAGCUGCUGUCGCUCAUGUUCAUCUCCACCGUGCCGCCGUUCCACUGCGUCGUCGACGGCCUGCCGACGUCGGUCGACGUCGGCGGCAAUGUCACGUUGCCGCAGUGUACGAUCGUGUACUACGAUACCGACGUCAACGUGACGACCGACUGUGAGCAGUGGGCUUACUCCAAGCAAUGGCCGCACACGAUCGUCGGCGAGGCGUCGGGCAUCACGGCCUUCGUGCUGCGCACCGAAUGGCUGCCGUCCAACGCUCGCAUCUUCGGCGUUUUCUUCCUCGGAGGCUACACGUGGUCGCUAGGUGUCGCCCUGCUCGCCAUCGGCUCCUACCUGAUGCCCAACUGGCGCCACCUACAGUUGGCCAUCUCGGUGCCGUCUGUGCUUCUGUGGAGUUUCCACUG